GACUUGCUAUCUGUUUAAUUGCUGGUGUCAUCUAGCAAAUACGAAGCUUUGACAGGCAAAAAAAGCAAUAGGUCUUUCCAUUUGUCUUAUUCAACCAUUCAUUUGCUUGGAAGUGAACAUAGCUGCAGUCAACUUUGAGGUGCUUAGAGCUUUCCAAAAAGCACGAUGACAGAACGCUUUGACUGUCACUAUUGCAAGGAGUCCCUCUUUGGGAAGAAAUACAUCCUUAGAGAAGAGAAUGCUUAUUGUGUGAAGUGCUACGAAAGCCUUUAUUCUAAUACCUGUGAGGAAUGCAAGAAACCAAUUGCGUGUGACAAUAAGGACUUGUCCUAUAAGGAUCGCCACUGGCAUGAAGCCUGCUUUCAUUGCUUUCAGUGCAAACGGUCACUGGCAGAUAAGCCUUUCGCUGCCAAGGAUGACCAAUUGCUCUGUACAGACUGUUAUUCAAAUGAGUAUUCCUCCAAGUGUCAGAGCUGCAAGAAGACAAUAAUUCCAGGCACUCGCAAGAUGGAGUACAAGGGUAACAGCUGGCAUGAGACUUGUUUCAUUUGUCAUCGCUGCCAACAACCAAUAGGCACAAAAAGUUUCAUCCCAAAGGACAAUGAGAACUACUGUGUGCCUUGUUAUGAAAAGCAGUUUGCCAUGCAUUGUGUGCAGUGCAAGAAGGCCAUUACUACUGGAGGUGUCACUUACCAUGAUCAACCCUGGCACAAAGAAUGCUUUCUCUGCACAGGAUGCAAGAUUCCAUUGACUGGUCAACGUUUCACCUCACGAGAUGAAUUUGCCUACUGUCUGGAUUGUUUCAGUAAUCUCUAUGCCAAAAAAUGUGCUGCUUGUGCCAAUCCAAUAACUGGUCUUGGGGGAACCAAGUACAUCUCCUUUGAGGAGCGCCAAUGGCAUAAUGAUUGCUUCAACUGCAAAAAAUGCUCCAUCUCACUUGUGGGGCGUGGUUUCCUCACAGAACGAGAUGACAUCCUUUGCCCUGAGUGUGGCAAAAAUCUGUGAGAACAAAUCAAUCAACAGAAGAUUUUAUAAUAACUCUGACAGCAGCUGUAUUAAAACAACCCACCUGGCUAGCACCUACUGUUGUAUGAAUAAUCCACGAUUGUCUGUUCAGUUAUUUUGCUUGACAAUUUCAAAAAAAAAGUUUACAAAAUGUUAAUUAAUUUCAAAGGUAGUUUCAUGAAUGUUUUAGGAUGUCUUCAAAUUAAAAUUUAGUGUUUUAAUCUUGUACAUGUGUACCACAAAUAAACAAACAAAUUUAUAUAUCCCUGUAAUAUGAUAACAGUAACUGUCUAAAAAAAUGUUUACAUCAGUAAAGAAUUAUCUGUUGAUGGAAAACUUUUGAGUUUUUGUAUAACUAUAGAAGUAAUGUGGUACAAAUGCAUAAGUGACUUUGUCAGUUAAGUUGCCUGCAUUGCAUCUGAGUUAAAAGUAACAAAGAUCUAUGUGCACACUUUAUUAUUAAGCUAACUUUAGACUGCUUUAUGCAUUCAUAUCUAGGAAAAACAGUUUUCCAAAUAAUGUUUUGUUAUAUUGCAUGAAUAAAUAUAUGACGUGAAUA